AAAAACUGAACCAUCGCCUUCUAUUCCUCACUGUAGCUUUAAAACCCAAAACCAAUUUCAAGUUCUCUGAAAAUCAAAAAGCCACACAUACCCACUCUCUCUUUUUCAACUUUCAUAUUCCGAAAGCAAAACCUCAAGCAUCAGAAGAUUGGGUUAUUGCGAUCUUGCAAAAGAUGAACGAUCUAAUGACAAAGUCCUUCUUAAGUUACGUGGAAUUGAAAAAAGAAGCCCAAAAAGACGAUUUUCGAUCCGAAAUCAAUAUGGAAUCAGGUUGCCCCAAUUCUUCAGAUGAACCAAACCUCUCUCUGUUCUUCCAAGAAGUUAGUGCAAUCAAAAUAGAAAUGGAAGAGAUCACUUAUCUCUUAUUCGAUCUUCAAAAUCUUGAUCAAGAAGCCAAAUCCACUCACAGUAACAUGAUUCUUCGUGGCUUAAGAGACAGAAUGGAGUCAGAUAUUCUUUCAGUUCUCAAAAAGGCAAAGGUUGUUAAAUCGAGAUUAGAAUCUCUUGAUAAAUCCAAGGAUUUGUAUAAAGAAGGUAGUUCUGUUUAUAGAACAAGAAUGACAGUCACUAAUGGCUUGAAGGUCAAACUGACAGAGAUGUUAAAUCAGUUUCAGUUUCUAAGAGAGAAGAUUUUAUCAGAUUAUAAAGAUGAUAUUAGAAGAAAGUAUUAUGCAGAAACCGGAGAGGAAGCCAGCGAGGAAGUCAUCGAAAAUAUGGUUUUUGGAGGUGAAAUGUUUAAAGAAAGGCACGAGGCUGUUAUGGAGUUGCAAAGAAGUUUGACAAAGUUGCAUCAGGUUUUUCUUGAUAUGGCUGUUAUUGUUGAAACACAAGGAGAGAAAAUUGAUGAUAUUGAAGAAAAUGUGGUUAAUGCAGGUAGUUUUAUUAGUGGAGGGACUAACAGUCUGUACUAUGCUAAUCAGAUGAGGCAGAAGACUAAGCCAUGGGUUUAUUGGGUUUGGGUUGUGAUUUUGAUUGUACUUUUGGUUUGUAUUGUUUCAAUGUUUGUUUCUUGAGAACUGAAACCCUUUUUUUUUUCUUUCUUUCUUUCUAUUCUUCCAUGGUAAAUCGGAUUUCAUAUUGUUAUUU